UUGUUAAUUACCCCCCAAUUUCUGCUUUUGAAGCUCACAUUAGUCUUCUCUGUGGGCUUGUCCACCUCAUCCUUCUUUAAAAUCCUGAGGGCAGACUAGGUGCACAUUUCCCCAUCUGUUCCUUGACAUUUUCUCCAAGUAUGUGAGAAGGAUAACUCACUGUUAUCUUCUCUCAACACAGAAUGGGAAUGAGCAACCGUCUGAAGUCUGUGCUCUUCUGCUUCUGAGGUGACUGCUGCUUGGUUGGCUCCUUCAACCAUUGUCCAGUAGCCGUGUGCUGAGGAAAUCGCCCAGUGUCUCCUUUCAGGGCAGACACAUCUUUCCCCUGGUUGUGUGAGAGCUGCCUUGGGAAUGGCAGGACAGUUCCGUAGCUAUGUCUGGGACCCUGUCCUCAUUCUGACGCAGAUUGUCCUCAUGCAGGCAGUCUAUUACAGCUCCUUGGGGCUCUGGCUAGCUCUGGUUGACAGCCUGGUGCAGAAUAGCCCUUCUCUUGACCAGAUUUUCAAUUAUGAGAUCUUGGGAUUCUCUACCCCACCUGGAAGACUUUCCAUGAUUGCUUUCAUCCUCAAUGCACUCACCUGUGCUUUGGGCUUGUUGUACUUUAUCCGGCGAGGAAAGCAGUGUUUGGAUUUCACAGUCACAGUUCAUUUUUUCCAUCUGCUGGGUUGCUGGAUUUAUAAUGCACACUUUCCCACAGCUCUGACGUGGUGGCUAGUGCAUGUUGUGUGCACGGCACUCAUGGCUGUGAUUGGGGAGUAUCUCUGUAUGAGAACAGAACUCAAAGAAAUCCCAUUGAAUUCAGUCCCCAAGUCCAGCGUAUAAACUUGUUCUGGGGAUGCACUGCAUCAGGCCAACGUUUCCAACACCUCGGCAGUGACACAAGACAGUGCCAGAAAACUUCAGUAAAGAAGCACAGCGGGUCUGUCUGGACUUUUUUAGAUCUUGGUGGCUGCAUGAGUGUGAAGAUCUCUGCUGUUGCCAUUAAGACAGUGAACAAAGCAGAAGUUUUAUUCUAAUAACACAAGGUAUUUAAUAUGACUAUUCUAUGUGAGUGCUUUCACUAUUCAUUCGAGUGAUAUGGACCAGGGAAAAAUCAGGCAACAAAACCUAGAACAUGAGAAGCAACUGGAAUUUAACCCAUGUGCGAGGUCUUUGGAGCGCAUGUUGGAGCUGGGAUGAUCAAACCUUCGGGGAGAAACGCACAAUGAUGGACUAGGAGCUGCUUGUUACAUCUUUUUCCUUUAGUUGGUUUUUGUUUUAAAAUCAAGGAGCUAAACUGAUCUAGGAUUAAAAAGAAUUGUUUGUCUCAGUCACCAGUUGUGAACCUAUAAGGCCUGUACGCUCAUAUAGGCUUCGUUAUUGUUCCUGUGUUUAGUUCCUAGAGCAGAUGUAAGGCAACAGAUGUUGCUGGAUUGAAGACACUUUUUUUUUUU